UAUAAAACAAAACCGUAUUCCCAAACCAUUAACUCACAAAUUUGUAGUUUCUAAACAAAACAACUUCAGUAUUUGGACUGGAAGAGUCGUCAUUAUAUAAGGACUAUUUAAAAGAAGCAAACGUGUCCGUCGAUUUGUUUACACUUUUCAUGUAUUAAAACAGAUUUCAAUCUACUGCUUAACGAUGGCUCUUCGACAGUCGUAUGUAUAUACCGCAAAAACAUUUCGAUCCUUGCUGAAAAAUCAAAGUAUCAGAGCUGUUCGAAUGUUGUCAUCAAAAGUAGACGGUGAUUUCGAGACAGCAAAGCAAAGGUUAAACACAUUGAAACAAGAACCUGGAAAUGAUGUCAAACUACAAAUAUAUGCAUUAUUUAAACAGGCUACCAUUGGUGCAAACAAUACUAAAAGACCCGGAACUUUUAACUUUGUUGGUCAAGCCAAGUGGAAUGCAUGGAAUGAUCUCGGCCCAAUGAGUAAGGAUGAAGCAAAAGAAGAAUAUGUUAAGAUUGUCAAAGAUCUUUCUGAUGCUGAAGGUGAAGCAGAAGAAGAAGUUGGGGAUGUUUCAUCAUCAACAGACUAUCAAAACCUUAUCGUAACCAAGCAAAAUAAUUACACAAAGAUUGUGCUGAAUAGGCCCACCAAGAAAAAUGCAUUGACUAGAGAGAUGUAUGAGGAAAUCAUUGUGGCGUUAAAUGAAGCAGGAAAAGAUGACACGGCAGUGACGGUAAUGACUGGAGCAGGAGAUUAUUACUGCAGUGGAAAUGAUCUUGGAAACUUUAUGGUGAUCAAGCCGGAGGAAAUGCAUCAAGUUGCGAAAGAAUCAGGAGAUUUGUUGAGGCGGUAUGUAAAUGCGUACAUUGACUUUCCGAAGCCACUUGUAGCAGCCAUUAACGGACCAGCUAUCGGUGUCUCAGUGACAGCAUUGGGUUUGUUUGAUCUUGUACUCGCAUCGGAAAACGCUACAUUUUCUACUCCGUUCAGUAGGUUGGGCCAGAGUCCUGAAGGUUGUUCAUCUUAUACAUUUCCAAAGAUAAUGGGCCAUGCAAAGGCAUGUGACAUGAUGCUGUUCAACAACAAACUAACUGCCACAGAGGCAAAAGAAUGUGGGCUCGUCACAAAAAUUUUCCCCAAAGAAAGUUUUGAAACUGAUGUAAUGUCUCAAGUUGAAGCAAUAGCUAAGUUACCAGUUAAGUCGCUGAUUUAUUCAAAAGCGUUAAUGAGAGACCCAGAACUUGACCUUCUGCACAAAGUAAAUGAAGCUGAAUGCGAUCGGUUAGUGGAAAGAUGGCCAUCCGAAGAUUGUAUUAACGCCAUCAUGAAAUUUUUCCAAGAAAAGAACAAAUAGUUCCAUCUAAUAUACUGAAGAGUUUACAAUUGUUUGUUAUUAUUUUUUGUCAAUACAAUAAUUUGAGAAGCAUCAAACCAAUAGUCGUACAGUUGUGUCUUCUGUUUACAUUGUAAUGUAUGCAGCAAAUUGAAGCUGGAUUCCUGUUAAUAAUUUACCAAAAUUCGUUGUCCAUUUACCGGAUAGCUCACAUUGAAGUUCUGUCUUCA